AUGCCGUCAAUCCACCUGGGUGCUAUUUUGAUAACCGUCGUGAUGGCGUCGUGGCUGCACCGAACCUCUACAGAAAUAUUUACCUCAUCACUGAAGGUACACAGGAUGGUCGCCGAGGAGGAUCGACUCCUGGACGAGCUCAAGCGUUACAUCGAUGUCCAGUACUCCAGGCUGAAGUUUUUGUCUAAUUUCUACAUAGAUCGUCUCCAGGAGGUCAACUUACGCAGGAAAACCGACCUUGACCUAACUCAUCCCAAUGCCGUUUACAAGGUCAUCAAGAGAUUCGCGUCUGCUUACUCCCCGCUAAUGAACGAGAAACUGGAACACAUACAUUUAACAAGAACACGUACAUUUGAAACAUUUCAGAAUAUUUACAACAUGAGUGCCCUUGAUAUGACAAGGGGAGACUAUCUUGGGUACCAGGGACCACAACUCCAGGCUGUUGACGCAUAUGAGAUUGGACAAAACGGAAACGCUGAGUUGGCAAGAGAGCUGUUUGAAGAAGCAAGAAUACUUGGUAAUAAGCCCAGCAGUGCCCAGGCGUUCUGCAGGUACAGAGAAGCCUUGCUGCCGUACUACCGGUUUCAAGAAGAGAUUCUCUCUGUCGACCCUUUCGCAUCAGUCAUCUACCACGUGAUAACUGACCAGGAGGGUGACCACAUGAAGAGCUUCGUCCGGAACAAGCUUAAAAGGGGAAAAGUUGGGUCAGGAAAAGCGAUCGUGUCAGACAUAAGGACUAGUGAUAUAGCUUGGAUCUACGACAAGGACUCUCCCCACGCCGCUUCAGUUGCUAGACGGAUAGAGUGUAUCACAGGAUUGGAUACUUCACAGAGAGAGCCACAAGGUCCGCACUCCGGGGAACCAUUUCAGGUUGUCAAUUAUGGUCUGGGAGGGCAUUAUUCCGUCCAUAUGGACCCGUUUGGU